GAGAGAUUUAUUUUGCGUUUCCAAACUGCUUCUGCCUGUCGGCGCCUGUGUGGAAACUGCGACGAGUCUGGAAGUAGCUGCCGGAGAGGCGGGGCGGAGGUGUGACGUCAUCGCCGCGGGGCGGAGGCGACAGUGUCUAGCCGGGGCUCCGCGUGUAGCUACGCGGACAGAACUGGCUUUGAGACCGCGUGAUUGUCCGCAGCUGGCCGCCUCCCCGUGGUGUUCAGCCCACGUCGAGUCCUGAGCUGAGAUGGCAGACGAUCUCGGAGACGAGUGGUGGGAGAACCAGCCAACUGGAGCAGACAGCAGCCCAGAAGCAUCAGAUGGUGAAGGAGGAGGAGACACAGAAGUAAUGCAGCAGGAGACAGUUCCAGUUCCUGUACCCUCAGAGGAAACCAAACAGCCUAAAGAAUGUUUUUUGAUACAACCAAAGGAAAGAAAAGAGAAUACCACCAAGACCAGGAAGAGGAGAAAGAAGAAAAUUACUGAUGUUCUUGCAAAAUCAGAACCAAAACCAGGGUUACCUGAAGACCUACAGAAGCUGAUGAAGGACUAUUAUAGCAGCAGACGCUCGGUGAUUGAAUUAGAAGAACUGAACCUGCCAGACUCCUGUUUCCUCAAGGCCAAUGAUUUGACUCACAGUCUUUCCUCAUACCUAAAAGAAAUUUGUCCUAAGUGGGUAAAACUUAGGAAAAACCACAGUGAGAAGAAAUCGGUCCUGAUGCUGAUCGUCUGCAGCUCAGCCAUCCGAGCCCUGGAGCUCAUUAGGUCGAUGACAGCAUUCAGAGGAGACAGCAAAGUUAUAAAAUUAUUUGCAAAGCACAUAAAGGUCCAGGAGCAGGUAAAGUUGCUGGAGAAGCGUGUGGUGCACCUGGGUGUAGGAACUCCAGGGAGAAUUAAAGAACUUGUUAAACAAGGUGGCUUUAAUUUGAACCCCUUAAAAUUUCUGGUUUUUGACUGGAACUGGCGAGAUCAGAAGUUGAGGAGAAUGAUGGACAUUCCCGAGAUAAGAAAGGAGGUAUUCGAACUUCUGGAAAUGGGAGUGCUCAGUCUGUGCAAGUCAGAAUCUUUGAAACUGGGCCUUUUCUAAGUCUGUGUCUUAAUGAAGAUUCCAGUCUUCACAGUAGAAGUUGCAUCUUAUUUAAUGACUCUGAUAUAUUGCAAGCACUCAGUAAAUAUCAGCAAAUAGUUUAUGUUAACUGUGUCAGCAGAUAGAUCGCUGGAAUGUGGGGAUUCUGAAACAGGAAUGAAUCUGUCCUUUUGACAACUCUCUUAUAUAAUAAAGUAUCACCGGCUUGUGUGUGAUC